UGUCUGUUUCUGUUUGGGACUUUCUGCAAACACUUGUUUGGUUUUGUUGAGACAAUGGGUUGCAUUUGUGGAAAGUGUUGCAGAAGAUUCCUAUCAUCUUCUUCGGAUGGGGGUAACCGUAACAAGAUAAAAUUCGGUGCAUUUGCGGGUCGAAAACACUCCAUUGCUGAAACUUGGGUGGAUGUUGUUGCUGUGCCUUCUCACAACUUGAGGUUAGAGUACUGUGCCCUUACACAACGUGGUUAUUACCCUGACACCCCUGAGAAGGAAAAUCAAGAUAGUUUUUGUAUUAGAACAGGGCUUCAGGGCAACCCAAAUGUCCAUUUCUUUGGUGUGUUUGAUGGGCAUGGGCAAUUUGGUACACAGUGUUCCCUUUUUGUCAAGGAUAGACUAGUUGAACUCUUAUCAAAUGAUCCCACACUCUUGGAUGACCCUAUCAAAGCUUACAACUCUGCAUUUUUAACAACCAAUGAACAACUUCACACUAGUGAUAUAGAUGACUCCAUGAGUGGGACAACAGCUAUAACAGCUCUGAUUGUUGGGGACACAUUGUAUGUUGCAAAUGUGGGUGAUUCUAGGGCAGUGCUAGCUGUUAAUGAAGGGAAUAAUGCAGUUGUUGUCAAAGAUUUGUCUUCGGAUCAGACGCCUUUUAGGGAAGAUGAGCGCGAGCGGGUGAAGCUUUGUGGGGCCAGAGUCUUGAGUGUUGAUCAAGUGGAGGGACUAAAGGAUCCAGGAAUUCAGUCAUGGGGUGAUGAGGAGACUGAAGGCAAUGAUCCGCCUAGACUAUGGGUUCAAAAUGGGAUGUAUCCCGGGACUGCAUUUACGCGGAGUGUAGGUGAUCAUAUAGCAGAGAAAAUUGGCGUAGUUGCUAUUCCAGAAGUGUCAACGAUACAGCUAACGCCAAAUUAUCCCUUCUUUGUAGUUGCAAGUGAUGGGGUCUUUGAAUUCCUCUCCAGCCAAAGGGCAGUAGACAUGGCAAGCAGAUAUGCUGAUCCUCGAAGUGCAUGUUUUCAUAUAGCUGGAGAAUCGUUCAGGCUGUGGCUAGAGCAUGAAAAGCGAACAGACGACAUAACAAUGAUCCUUGUACAAAUUAAAGACUUGACCAAUUCAUAAUGCAAUUACUCAAUUUCUUCUUGUAGCAACUGGCUUGAAGAUUUUUGUUUGUUCUAUAAUAUCUAGAAGUGGCAAUGCUGUUGGUUGUAGUUAUAAUUAGAUUGGGCUUACACUUGGGUUCCAUGGUUCUUGUGUAAUUAAGAUCUGUCUUUUUCUCAUUGGAGUUGGAAGAUUUAGGCUUUACUUUUAA